AUGACCUCCAGUUGUGUAAUUCGCAGAUCCCACGAAUAUGCGAUUGCUCCAUUGUGGGUCUAUGACUUACCAUUUGUCGGUAUAUACUAACAAUAGACUAAAUCGAAAGUUUUUUCACAAGUCGUAGCUUCCAAGUCACCCGGGUCUUAUUUACUACAGGUUUAAUGAAAGAAAACACAAGGUGGUCUAGUCGUGACGAGGGAAUAUUGCAUGUCGACCACCCGCAAAUAAAGUUGGUAGGAUAAGAAUAUCAAAGUCGUUCAUAUAAAUGCGUUUGAAGGAGACAGAAAUGCCGUUUUGAACAUACAGGAUCACCUGAAUAGCUUUUCUCAUCCCUCGCUUUGAGCGACACGUGUUCAUACGAAUCCAGUGACAGUAGCUAUGGGAAAGAAGCAGUAUUUGGUCAACGAACACAUAUUCCAUUCAUUAAACGAUAAACUUGUCCCAGAGGUGCUAGUCACGGACAUAGUUCGUUCCAGAGCAACGGUCCCCGCCACCCGAAUGUUUUUUGCGGCAUGUUGGAUAGUUGAGUUAACUAACCUAAUCCUACUUUGAAGUUUUUCAGUGACACUCCAUGUUUUAUCUAGCAUUUUUUACAAAAAAUCUAAUCUGUUUUUUGUUAUUUUAGCCCUAUUGAUCACAAGCUACUUUUUUGCGAUCUCUGUCUUUGCAGUUUACGGGUAUCAGUGUUUUGUCCUUGUCUACCACCUUUUGUUUAUGUUUACCCCGUUUUUACGGACAAACCUGGCGAGAAUAUCACUCAUGUCUACUUGUGACUUCUGCAUUUGGCUAGUUUAUAGCCAAUUUUGAUUACAAAUACCACCCUCCUGACCAGUAUUUUUGUGUGUCCAACACUCUAUGGAGAUAUGAGGGGAUAUACGCUCUUAAAUAUUUAAGCCAAGAAGAUAUAACCAAGUCAUCGUCCUCCUCGUCAAUUAAUAUGAUUAGUAUAGGAAUAAAGAGGACAAACAUCGUACAGCCACUGAAUUGAGCGGUGAUAGUAACCAAGACGAGCGAGUGGAGUGACCGUUUCUGGAGCGGCUGCACUUCCCAGCCAGCCAGUCAUGCCCGUACCCUGUUCUAGAGGUUUUUACGCUUGAGCUCGGCCACUUUGUUUGCUGAGUUCAACUCUACCUCCAGUAGCACCUUAUGAGAUCGGUUUUACUAAUGGUCCACUUACAUAAAACAUACAACCUUUUGCCAACAUGAUGGUGGAAGAGCUCCUUGCUAGUUUGCGACCAUAGACAGGAGUUACUUUCUGCGUGGUUGUAUCGCCUUAACAUAUGAACUAGAGCCUAGGACCAUUAUCAAUACGUAGAAUACCAGAAUUUAUUCCCGUCGCCAUUACGUUAUAGCCUUAGGAAAUAUCGCACAGCGUCUCCAAAAUUGAAAUUGAAGUGAUCGUUUCCUGCUGCGAAAAGUGUACAUCGAGAGGAUCAUUUAAUAUCUGAAAUCCUAUGAUGUGAUACUUUCUUCCGGUCAUGAUUUGUGGUAAGAGCACAGUCCCUGAAAAUCAGUACUUAAAUGGGUCAGAUUUAAUGGUUCGUUGUGCAAUUCCAGUGUUACGUCAGGUACAUGAUACGUACACAAGAGAUGCAGUUUCCAGGCAGAUAAGGCUCAGGUUUUAAGUGAGGUGCGAAUGGGAAGAACGUUCAUUACCCGUUGCAGUCGGUAGGUGAUCUGAGUUUUCUUUGGCCAGAUGAUGCGAGUAUUGGCCAAUCAUACUCUGACAAGUUGUCUAUGCAUGUAACUGGUUCGGUUUGAUGACGAGUUGCCGGAAGAAAUCAUCCCUUUUGCUAAAUGAGUAUAUUCGAGAAUCCAAAAAAAACAGUCGGACGUGAAAGGGUAGAAAUAAUCCAAGUAUAAUCUGAUAAGUGGAGCGGAUUAGGACUGAUUGAUAGAGCUUGCCAUGUUGACGGGGUUCCGGUGGGGAGAUGAACCGUUUCUUUCGACUUUUCCCGCACGGAUUCCUUGUGGUCGGUCAUGCUGAAUGGCGGCACGCUGCCGAAGUUGCUUCGAUUGCUUCACUCCUACUGUUCUACCACGAAUUAUGGUCCAUAUGUGUGAUGGAGAAUGAUUUCGUUGAUAUUACCUCCGGCGUUCAUCUCACCAGCUCGGUUCAUUCAUCUAAUGCAUUGUUUUAUUCAUUGCGCGCUAACAGACCACUCAUAUGCCUCUGUAGAUGGCGUUUCGUCCAUUAAAGAUUGGAACGUUGCGGUGCCGGCGAGUCCCAUUACGGGAAUUGAGUGCGCUAUAUCGCAGAUGGACGCAAAGAAAGUCUACGUAAGAUGUAAAGUCAACCCCUCAAGGACGGAAAUGACCACACGGAUAUUUCAACUAAAUAUAUCUGUUAAUCUGCUGUAGAUGAUGAAACCACUGGAGUAGUUUACAACAACUACCUUGGGCCGAAUUUCCCACCAUUCGAGCAAGGCAGAGGUGAUCGACUAUAUCGAGGCCUGUGGGAUCGUCCCGUAACUACUCGGUCGCCAGCGUCUACGCUGUACUCCCCGGAACUCUGCCGGAUCAGGUCUACACAGUCAAUUGGUAACUCGACCUGUCUACCGCGUCAUCUUUACUCACCUCUGGCUGUUGCAGUCAUGUGCUACUGAGAAAUGUAGGCGAAAUCGUCUAAAACGCCUAUCGCCCGACCACGGCCCUAACUGGCGAUGGCAUGGUGAGGGCUAACUUAAGAUUGCCGGGACGAAAGCUCCCUCCUCGACCGCGUAGCUGACAAUGCGGUCCUUGAGACUGGCAUGCGAAUCAAGGCAAAUAGACCGUUAGGCCUGAUGUCACUCAACUGCAGUGGGAGGCUAUCAUGCUUGGUGCGUGGAUCCGUGGGUCCGCUAUAUCUGAGGUCGCCAGUGGAAUCCGCACGCGGACCGGUAGAAAUCCGAUCCUAUGUGUGUCUUGCGGACAAGUCUGUGGGGAUCGUUGAGGUAGACACCCAAGUCCUCGGGCAGUUCCACGGCUUCUUUGGUGCUAGUAUAGGCAAAGGCAAUCCCCAUGCCGGAGGGACGGAUGUUGAGACAUGUCUCGUGUGGACGGAUCGAUAUGAACAGGCACACUCGUCAAGGAGGCUAAGAAAUAGGCAGCGUAAGUAAGGUCUGGUUUUUGCGAUUCAAGUCUUUGAUCUUUAGAGUUCCGAGGGGAUCGGACAACAGCGAGAAAAAUGAUUUAGGAGGAUCCUGUCUAUGCACUUGUGUGCGUGAGAGACGGCUGCUGGAAGCAGGUCUCAUGCGGGCCUAACAGACGGCACAAAUUAAUGAAGGAAACAAAUCAAACGAAAAACAGAGGAAAGGAAACCUGGAGUUGCUACCAGGGUACUAAAAUCGGCCAGGUUCAUGUUUUGCCCAACACACUGGAGGUCUGACUGGAUAUCAGUUAAACGGGGAGAAAUAAUGGUCAACCGCACUAAUGAAUGCACAUUUUGGAUGGUGAGAAGUACAACUGACGAGAUAUGACUCUGGUCAGGCGAGAGUAGAUAUUGAUAGGGGAAGAUGAGGCCCCCAGUAAAAUUCAUAGGCCGCGCGCGGGUUCAUCCUGGCAGACACAUCUUUUUUAUCUAUGAGAGGUUGCUAACGAAGUAAUGACUGUUUUACGAUCACUUCCACGAGGCCGCGUGGAGAACGCGGAAGUGCUAUUGCAGGCCAAUGCAAGACAAUCGGUCUAAGGAUCAUUCAUGUGCCGGCCUUGACCAUGUUAACUUAUGCAGCUGUAAAUCCACUGCUAAAUCUUUUGUUCUUUCUAAUCUCCGGCAGUCAGUUCGCCAGGCAACAUAUUAUACUCUUAAGUCGUACAUAACUGUUCCCGUGCAGAUCCUCGGCAGUGAUCCCGACCAAUUUCCUAUACUUUCCUCGGUUUAAUGUACUUCCACAGAGGUUGGCCAAGUUCCGUGGUCGGUAGGAUGUUACCUCGGGCUACAAGACACAGAAUUCUGAAUACCUUUAUGACUUUUAAAAAUCUCCCUCUAAGGACGUCGUCUUUUGAGCAUGAUGCUAAGCCGUCAAUCGCACGCUUCAUGAGUUAAAUUUCGUCUACCUUUAGGGCACAUACAGUUUUUCCCUGACCAGCAGUUGCGGCUGUGAUGUACAGUUCAUCCUUCCCUAUCUUCGGUGUGAUCCGAUAGGUGACCCCGCCGAGAUCAUAGCUGAUCCAUCGGCGAAAAGUGCGCCAACAUGGAUGGAGGUUAAGAUAAGGCGUCCUUUGCGUCUACGUGGUCUGCUUGUAUGCCUCGUCUGUGCCCAAAUUCUCGCCUUCUCACUCUCCAGAUGGCUCUCUGUAAGUGUUCAGACCACUUAUGCAGCUUGCUGUUUACUGUCUGACACGAUAGCCAGCAAUUUGUUGUUCACGCUCCUCCGACACAUGUUUGUUUCAGUUUACAGGUUGUUUUUGAAGUUUAUUAGAUCUCAUUUGAAUCUCCGAUGGAACAAUUGUAUGACUCAGCCAUCGUGGGACGUAUGAAAACUGAGCGUAGUAAGGCCGCCCUAGGUUUCUAACAACUGCCCUCUCGUGGAGGAGGGCUGACUGGAUGGAUACACGGUGCACACGGAUCUUCGUGCCAGUGAAGAUGUCGCGUCGGGUCCCGCGGACGCCGUAGCACAUGGAUCAUGAUACUCUAUUCGGACAUAUUUUCAUGCGGUUUGUUGGAAAUCAUGAGUACAGACGGGUCACCAACGGCCGCUCAAAUUAUUUGUUCGAGACUGUCCCCGAUGGGGUUUUGGCUCCAGAGCCUUACCACAAGGCAGCGGCCGCAGGCAAAUUUAUUCAAUGACUCUUCACGGCUGCCGUGUUGCAGUGCCGUCAUCGGGCUUUGUGGCAUCUUAGAAGGCAGUCGGCGUGCCAGAUCUCAGCCUCACGCGUUCUCGUAGCAUUUACCAGACCCGAGAGUCGGCAUAUUUUACAAGGAGAGAGCGCUGAUAGCGUUGUUGAUGCUGGUCUGCGACUGCUUAUUCACCAUAGCUGGCAGCUAAUCUUCGCCGAAUACCCUUCCAUUGUCCACCAUCGGUGGGUGCGUUGGGUAGCCAGCCGAAACCGAUUCAGGCAAAUGCCAGCCGAGAUGUUGAUGACGGCUUUUGCCAGUCUACUACUUACAAUAGAUGUGCUAACUCAUGAAAUGUCAACCGAACCUCCGAAAUGCGUUUUCGUUUCAAAAAUAUUAAUUAAUUAGCGUUGAAGAACUAAUCAUCGUACAGUAUAAAUCAGUUACCUCAGGAUGCCGGCCUUCGAACGAACUUCUUCUGACUUCUGAGAAAUAACCUUCGGACACUCCUGGUAGAUUUCGGUUGGAAACCCCAGCCGUUUCGACAUCGUUGGCGUCCCGAUGUGUUUACUCCUGGCCUAGUCAAGAUUUUUCGUCGUUUGCAACGAGCAAAUGCCAGAGAGGGCGAGUAUUUCACCGUCAGAUGGGCUUAUUCCAUUUUAACCGUAUGUUUGCAGUACCUGCUGAUAAGAUGGACGCCCCUUUAGUGCAAAGCCUAUUCACCUCGGAUCUUGAACAUAAUAACGACAUCACUAUGUUUGGGUACUCUUUCAAGAAAGCGCAGUCCUGCCCUAUCUGCAAGUGCAGAUGAUAUCGUCCCUAGCUGCGGCCAAUGACAGAUUUAAGUAUGACAGGCUACUACCUAAAUUGCACUGAAGUACCUUCGCGCAAUUGGGAAUAUUGCGACUUCGACAUGCGUUCGAAGUCACAAAAGCAGGUUUUUACGGAUGUUUGGUAAAAUAUCCCGUUAGUAAAUUGGGUAAAUGGUUGUCGCUGUAGAUAUUUUCCGGAGCUGAGUGGUGGAUAGAAGUAUGUUUUGUAUCCGGGGUAGGCCUAAUAGUACACAAGACUGGCUACUGUGUUUACUUGAGUAGGUGUUUAUGAUUACGUCAUUUCCCGUUUACCCCUUAGGUUUGCCUUACCUGUUUCACUGGCUUGUGUUAUUGAUCUUACAUGAACGCAUUUGAAGUUCUUGCAGUGUAUCUUAUUUCUAUGUGUGUGCAUAGAGAAUGAAGUCAAAUUCUUUCUUAACCCAAUUUGUUUUGUUAAUUGUAGUUCGCAAAAUCUCCUCCACUCAUAGUACUUCUCUCAGUCGCGACCGUUUGGCUGUGGGCCUGGUCCUCUGUCUCAGAAGGUAGUUCAGUUUCCGUUGUCAGGCCUUCUCUAUUACUGUUCUACUUUUUUUUACAACUUUAUUCAUGUUGCCAUCUUUUUUUCUUCGAAUUGACAGUCUCCGUCUUGGCGUCGCGUUCACUAGGCGUUCAGUGUGCUUGCCGUUACCUUUCAGGCCGGCGCAAACAUCUGCCACUAAUUACCCCUGAGGAAAUACGAGGAAUUCACUUGAUCGAUCGCGUGACCAACGUCAGCGUUCGAACCUUUCUUGCCCUCGAGAUCUGCACCCAUGACCCCGCACCCUUGUCAGAGAACAAGUUCUCCAACUCCCACCUUAGUUCUGCCUUCUCAUUGCGGCCACUAUUCCAGUUGGCUGCCCACCCCGAUGCUCCAGUCUGUUGCCUUUCCUUAGAUUGCCUAGUGGCUAUUUACCGUCUUAGCUUCGCUGUACUCUUUGAUAGGAACUAUCAGGUCUUUCACAGUUCAGCUCACACACCGUCACUUAACCAGAGAUCUUGA